AUGCCGGAGCGCGGGUGGCACACGGACUGCGUGGAGCGGCCGCUGUCGGGGCUGCUGCGGGUGCUGGGCUCCUGGGUGGGCGCCCAGCCGUGGCCCUUCCUGCUGCUGCCGCUGGGGCUGGCGGGGCUGCUGGGCUGCGGCCUGGUCUUCGUCCCCGAGCGGGAGACCAACGACCUGGAGACCCAGUUCACGCCGGUGGACGGCCCGGCCAAGGCGGAGCGGCGCUUCGUGCAGGAGCACUUCCCCACCGACGACGGCCAGGCCUUCUCGGGCCAGCGCCUGGCCACGCUGGGCACCUACGCCACGCUGCUGGCCGUGGCCGCCGACCAGGAGUCCUUGCUGACCGGCGCCGCCCUGGCCGAGGUGCUGGCCUUGGACAAAGCCGUGCGCGGCAUCCGCUCCGACGGCCAGGCCUUCACCGACCUCUGCGCCCGGCAGCGCGGCGCCUGCGCCCAGCCCAACCCGCUGCUGCCCUGGCUGCGAGGGGACCCCCGCAGGCUGCAGGCCCUGCUGCCCAACCUCACCUUCCCGCUCUUCCAGGGCUCGCUCUUCCUGGGCUUCGCCCUGGGAGGGGUCACCCUGGGCCCCGGGCAAGAGCCCGCCAGGCCGGUCCGCGCCGCCAGGGCCCUCCGCCUGCUCUACUUCCUCCAGGAGGACCGCGACGACCUCCGCCUGGCCAGCCGACGCUGGCUCCAGACCUUCCUCGACACCAUCCCGGCCCUCCUGGGCUCCCUCAAGCUCGCCUCCGUCCGGGUAGCCUAUUUCACCUCAAUUUCCAGACAGAAGGAGUUUGAAAAACUUGCCAAGGAUGUGAUCCCACUGGUGUCCGCUGCAUAUUUGUUAACAAUAUUAUUUUCAAUAUUAUCAUGUUCAAGGCUAGACAAUGUCCGAACAAAAGUGUGGGUUGCAAUUUUUGGGGUGAUGUCAUCAGGCCUAUCUGUCGUCAGCAGUUUUGGAUUAUUGCUGUUUUGUGGUGUGCCCUUUGUUAUCACAGCUGCAAAUUCACCAUUUCUUAUACUUGGAAUUGGUAUUGAUGACAUGUUCAUCCUGGUGUCCUGCUGGCAACGUACUCAAGUAAAGGAGAGCAUCAAAGAUCGGAUGGCUGACACCUACGCAGAAGCAGCCAUGUCAGUUACCAUCACAAGUCUUACUAAUGUUUUAGCCUUCUACAUUGGAAUUGCAACUUCCUUCCCAUCAGUUCAGUCAUUUUGCAUCUAUACGGGAACAGCCUUCAUCUUCUGCUUCAUAUACAACCUGACAUUCCUUGGGGCUGUGCUUGCUCUAAAUGGUAAAAGGGAAGAAAGCAACAGACAUUGGCUCACAUUCAGGAAAGUUGAGCUUCAUGAUUCUCAGGGCAGUCUGUACAGGAUGUGCUGCACAGGAGGAUCUUUUAAUGAGUCCACAGGAACAGAGUAUGAACACCCCAUGAAUCAAUUCUUUAAAAAACAUUAUGGUCCUUUCUUCAUGAACAGAUGGGUAAAGAUAUUUGUAGUAAUCCUGUAUGCUAUUUACCUGACUAGUAGUAUUAUCGGGUGUAUUCAUGUUGAAGAAGGUAUAGAUCUUCGAAAUGUGGCUACAGAUGAUUCAUACCUCAUUCCGUACUAUGACUUUGAAGAUGAACACUUUACCAGGUAUGGUCCAAGGGUUAUGGUGGUUGUAACUGAUAGCGUAGAAUAUUGGGAUCCAUCUGUCCGUGAAAAUAUUGAGAACUGCAUGAAAGCACUAGAAAGUUCUCGUUUCGUAGACAAGACUCUGUCGGAGUCAUGGCUAAGAAUUUAUCAAACUGUUGCUAAGCACAUGUCUCUAGAUAUAAAUAAUCGCAAUGUAUUCAUUGGAAAUCUAUCUGCUCUGUUUACAUUAAAUCCAGAUUACAAAUGGGAUAUUAAUCUUAAACCUACUGAAAUAUUAGCUUCACGGUUUUUCAUACAAACGAUCCAUGUUGCUAGUGCAGUGGAUGAGAAAAAUCUCCUAAAUGAACUGAGAGCCUUUGCUGCAGACUGCAAGGUUCCAAUGAUUAUUAAUCACCCAGCUUUUGUACACUUUGAUCAAUUUCUUGUGAUAAUUCAGAACACCAUUCAAAAUGUUCUGAUUGCUACCGGUGCCAUGUUACUGAUUUCCUUGCUGCUCAUUCCCAAUCCUCUCUGCUCUUUAUGGGUAACUUUUGCUAUAGUGUCUGUUAUUAUUGGUGUGUCUGGGUUCAUGUCCUUCUGGGGCAUUAAUCUUGAUUCUAUAUCUAUGAUCAACCUUGUUAUUUGCAUAGGGUUUUCUGUAGACUACUCAGCACAUAUUUCCUAUGCUUUUGUUUCCAGUGAGAAACCCACAGUGAAUGAGAAAGCAGUGGAUGCUCUGUACCGACUUGGCUAUCCUAUAUUACAGGCAGCUUUUUCUACCCUUGUGGGAGUAUUUGUGCUAUCACAGGCAUCCACAUAUGUCUUCAGAACCUCUUUUAAGAUAAUAUUUCUAGUGAUUAUGUUUGGGCUUGCUCAUGGUAUCAUUUUUAUUCCUGUGUUCUUAACUUUAUUUAAAAGUUGUGGGUGAUUGUUGAACAGAUUUUUUUUAAAAGCCACUGCUAUCAAAAGUCCCCCAGUGUUGAAGAAGCUUGGUUUUUAUUUUACAUCAGACCACUAGACAACAGGCUACUGUUAAUAUGGAAAAGCGAAUGACGGCUACCUCCAGUUCAAGGCCCUAUGAUCAUGUGGCUUAUUAAUCAGAAGGGCAUCUAACCUUGCUUUCUUCUGUAAGAGAAGUGUUCUUUGACAAAGAAUACCUAUUUUCAGUAGACUAUAACAGACUAUUUCUUUAUAAUAGAUUAUUUGUAGUUUGUUAGAGCAAAGGCUACAUGUUUGUACAUUAUGGCAUGUUACAAGAAUAUGUGUAUAAUGUGGCACACCAGAUUAAUACAGAGUGGGAUAAUGGGGCCUGUGAAGCCAUUAUCCAUAACAGUAUACUGUGAUUCAUUGACCCUCCCGUAUCAGUGUCCUGAGCGCUGCUCACAGUCAAAGUCAUGACAAAUAUAAAGUAAAUCUGAGAGAAGGAAAUGAGCUACAGAAUGGUUAAAAGGGGGAAAUGGUGGCAUCUCAAGUCCAGUACAAGGCAAAUCAAGCCCAGGUCUAAAUGUCAAUGGAAGUGGGCUCACCUUGUCAGGAGAGACAGCUUUUCUUGAACAGGGGAAAUCUCUAUAUUCUCAGGUCCCUCGGUUCAUACUUCUUUCCAUCUAUAAAUGGGAUGGGGCAAUCAAAGUGUGAUUUGGCAGAAGGAAAUCUUCAGCAAGGCUCAGCUUUAAAUGUUUAAAUCUGGAAGAUAUUUGAGUAAACAAUGUCCUUGUAAAAACAGGACUGAGUGUCAAGAGGGCCGAUUCUCAAAUGAAGCUAAUGGCUUGAUUUGACUGACCAAAAACAUGACAUGACUGACCAAAAAAAUAAGAGUGAUGUCCUGUGUUUCAUCUCAAGGUGGAGUUAGGCCUUCUUUUAACUCUACAGCUAUAGUAUACUUUGCUGUUGUGUGUGCCAUUUAGCUACAUUUAUCUGUAGGACCAUAAUUUCAAAAUCUGUAGGACCAUAAUUUCAAUGUGUGCCUGGAGUCCUUUCUUGCA